AUCUAGAGUUUACCAUUUGAACACAAGACAUUUUUACACACACACAACAUCAUUGAGUGUGUAUCUCUCUCACCUGCACAUCAAAAACUUCUAAAGAUUCAAACUUUAGGCCAGCCCUUCACUUAAAAAGGCUACACUUUGUUUUACAGUUCGAUUCUUUCUUCUUUGGAGGUGGCAACGAAUCUAAAACUUUUUCUGCAAAGAUAAUCAUGUUUCUGCUUUCAUAUGUCACAAUGAUAUCUCAAUUAGUUGUGAACCAAGACGUUUAUUGACGACAUCUUUACUGUCGGGCAGUUGUAAAAUCUUUUGAAAUUUUCCGAAGAAGAUAUUAUAGUUUUUCAGUCUAGUAAUUUGGUAUUUUUUAAAUGCAAACAUUCCAUGGAAGUCAGAGUUCUGGAACUACCCAGAGGCUGUAUUACCAACCAAUGCAGCAGGUGGAACCAUAUUGGAUACAGAAUAAAAAAGCCUCCUCAGAUAAUAGCAGUCAAGAGACAGCACAUUCAUCUCCUCACGAUGAACAGUUCUUUACCCUGGACUCAUCUCCAGCUGAUUAUGUCACCUAUGAUUCACCUUCUGUUGCAAGCAUCUCUUCUAAUCGAAGUCCUUUCUCUUCCCAAUAUUCUCAGUCAUACCGGUCAGAUCAACAUCAAUCUCCUGAAAAUACAUAUGGGUCACCAGUGAGUGGCUCUUCCAUGAUUGAUGAUGGGAAUGCACUGAAGCAUAUUUUGAAGGAACUAGAAAGUAAAUUGCUAGGGCCUGAAUCUGAAGCUGAUGAUGUUUGCAGUUACUCCUUCAACAGUGCUACCCCUGAAGUUACCUCUUUGACAAAGUAUGAUAGAUUGUUGCAAAUGGUUCCAAGCUUGGAUGUCAAACAAGUGCUUGUUGCCUGUGCUGAAGCAAUAGCAGAUGGUGAUGUAUCAAGUGUUGCUCCGCUAAUUAAUGUUUUGGAACGGAUGGUUUCAGUUACCGGGGAUCCUAUGCAACGGCUGGGUGCAUACAUGAUGGAAGGGAUUAAAGCACGAAUGUUAUCCUCUGGGAGCAUAAUUUACAAAAAGCUGAAAUGCAAUGAGCCCACAAGCUCUGAACUAAUGUCUUACAUGGGUGUCAUCUACCAAAUUGUUCCGUUCUACAAAUUCGCAUACAUGUCUUCCAAUGUUAUCAUCAAAGAAGCCGUGGAAUAUGAGCCUGUAAUCCAUAUUAUUGAUUUUCAAAUAGCCCAAGGCAGCCAGUGGGUUUCCCUCAUUCAGGCUCUCUCAUCACGGCCUGGAGGGCCCCCAAUUGUCCGUGUCACAGGUGUUGAUGAUUCCAAUUCAGCUUAUGCUCGAGGUGGGGGACUUCAACUGGUUGGGGAGAGGUUAACAAAAGUUGCAGAAUCAUGUGGGGUUCCAUUUGAAUUCCACGGUGCAGCCAUCAAUGGUUCAGAGGUCAAGCGUGAAAAUCUCAGGAUUCGACAAGGUGAGGCAUUAGUUGUGAACUUCCCAUAUGUGUUGCACCAUAUGCCAGAUGAAAGUGUAAGUACCGCAAAUCAUCGCGACCGCCUAUUAAGAUUAAUCAAGAGUUUGUCCCCCAAGGUGGUGACCCUUGUUGAACAAGAAUCUAAUACCAACACUUCUCCCUUCUUACUUCGGUUUAGAGAGACCCUUGACUAUUACACAGCCAUGUUUGAAGCAAUUGACGCAUCUCGCUCUAGAGAUGACCGGCAGAGGAUAAGUGCAGAAGAACAUUGUGUAGCACGAGACAUCGUCAACAUGAUAGCAUGCGAAGGUGAAGAGAGAGUGGAAAGGCAUGAACUAUUUGGUAAGUGGAGCUCGAGACUUCGAAUGGCUGGAUAUACACAAUGUCAGCUAAGUCACACUGUGGGGGGUGUCGUACAAGAUAUGUUGAAGGAGUAUAGUGGGUAUUUUAGGCUUGAACACCGUGAUGGGGCGUUGUAUCUUCGAUGGAAGAACCGAGAUUUGGUCACUUGUUCCGCAUGGAGGUGAAAAUGCUAAUGUUAGUGUCUGCUAUGUAGCUUCUGUAAAUUUUGUGGUGAGGACUUAAACUUAAUGCAAUGAUAAAAAGUGUUAUGUGGAGGGUGGAGUUGCAGCUUGUUAGUCAUAAAAUCUUGUUAUCUUGUAGCACUAAAGAUAUGAAAUAGACUAAUUUCAGUUUUCUAUCAUCA